AUGUGCUUGUUACUUAAGGGACGCAAUGGCCUGGGAAACAUAUUUGUCUGGGCGUCUGGCAAUGGUGGUCGGCGAGGCGAUUCCUGUGCCGCUGAUGGCUACGUCAGUAGUAUAUAUACUUUGGCUGUGAGCAGUGUUACCGAAGAUAAUAAGAAACCCUGGUACCUGGAGAAGUGUGCUGCCGUUCUUGUAUCUACCUACAGCAGCGAGUCGGGAAUUGUUAGUUUCGGCUUUGUGACCACAGAUCUGAACCAUGGAUGCACAAGUCAGCACACUGGCACAUCGGCUAGUGCGCCAUUGGCUGUGGGAAUAAUCGCUCUUAUGCUUGAGGCUAAGUAUGUUGUAUUUUGUUAA